AUGUCAACUCAUAACAUUGUUGUUUUUGGUGGUGACCAUUGUGGUCCUGAGGUUGUCCGUGAAGCUGUCAAAAUCCUGAAAGUCCUCCAAAAAGGCAGACCAUCCGUCGGCACAUUCAACUUCCAAGAACAUCUCCUGGGCGGCUGCUCAAUCGACACCCACGGCGUCCCCCUCACCGACGAAGCCCUCGAAGCCGCCAAAUCCGCCGACGCCGUCCUCCUCGGCGCCAUCGGCGGUCCAGAAUGGGGCACCGGCGCCGUCCGUCCAGAGCAGGGCAUCCUCGCGCUCCGCAAACAAAUGGGCACGUACGGGAACCUACGACCGUGUAAUUUUGCCUCGGACUCGCUCGUUGAUAUCUCGCCCCUCAAGGCGGAAGUGUGUAGGGGUACGGACUUCAACAUCAUCCGCGAGUUGACGGGCGGUAUAUACUUUGGCGAGCGCAAGGAGGACGAUGGGGAUGGAACGGCUUGGGAUACGGAGCCGUAUUCGAGACCUGAGAUUGAGCGCAUUACGAGGCUAGGUGCGCAUUUGGCGUUGCAGCAUGAUCCGCCAUUGCCAGUUUGGAGUUUAGACAAGGCGAAUGUCCUAGCCACUUCGCGAUUAUGGAGGAAGGUCGUGACGGAGGUCAUGAGCAAUGAAUUCCCGCAGCUGAAGAUCGGACAUCAUCUCAUUGAUUCGGCGGCUAUGUUGAUGGUCAAGAAUCCACGGGCGUUGAACGGGAUCGUGAUUACGAGUAAUCUGUUUGGGGAUAUCAUUAGUGAUGAGGCGAGUGUGAUUCCGGGCAGUAUUGGGCUUUUGCCGAGUGCGAGUUUGGCGGGGAUUCCGGAUGGGAAGGGGAAGUGUAAUGGGAUUUAUGAGCCUAUUCAUGGUUCCGCCCCAGACAUCUCAGGGAAAGGAAUCGUAAACCCAAUCGGCACAAUCCUCUCCAUAGGCAUGAUGCUUCAAUACUCGCUCAACCUCCCAGCCGAAGCCAAGCUCGUCGAGGAAGCGGUACGAAGAACAAUUGAAAGUGGUGUGCGAACUAGAGAUAUCGGAGGAACCAAUUCUACAGUCGAAGUUGGUAAUGCUGUGGCGAAGGAGCUGACAGCUAUAUUGGCUCAAUAG